GGAUGGCAGCAGCGUGCUAAUCCAACCUUCAUCCUGGAUUUCGCAAAGUAAAACAAGGGAGGCUGGCAAGAGGACAGCUUGAGGAAAUUGACGACGGCAGGCCUGGUGAGCAGUAGGCUGUAUAAAGGCUCAAAAAACUGCAAGCUGAUCUCCCAACUACUACUUCUACUCCAACUACUACGUCCCAGCAGCAGAAGAAGACCUCAGAGCUAAAUUUCUCAACCUGCUCUUCUGCAGUGGAAAUCGUGCACCUAGCACCAAAAGACAUGAAUCGUUUUUUGGUCUUCACUCUCUUUUUGGUACCCACAAAUGCUGGACCUACUUGGAGUACCAAGUAUGCUGUGGACUGCCCUGAGUCCUGCAACAGCAACGAAUGCAAAAGCUUGGUGCACUGUAAGAAGCUGGUGUUGGAUGACUGCGGCUGCUGCAGGGUCUGUGCUGCAGCCUUGGGAGAGACGUGCUACCGGACCGUCGCAGGGAUGGACGGCGUGAAAUGCGGCCCCGGAUUGAAGUGCCAGUUUUUUUCCGAAGAGGAUGAUUUUGGUGACGAGUUCGGUAUCUGCAAAGAGUGUCCGUACGGUACCUAUGGACUGGAGUGCCGGAGAACCUGCAACUGCCAGUCUGGCAUAUGCGACAGAGUAACUGGGAAAUGUCUGAAAUUUUCGUUUUUCCAACUGGCUGCAUCAAAGCCCCCCAGCAGACGAAAGCUAAUUCCACAUGCAGCGAAUGAAAUGGGAUCCGGUGACGGCAAUUCUGUAAAAGAGGAUUUUGUCAAAGAAAAAGCCAUUAACUCCCCCAUAACGAAAUGGCUAAACCCUCGCUGAUAUUCGCCUACAUGGGCAGGACUUUCAAAACUGAUGUGCUUUCUUCACAUUUAUAAUGAAUGUUCAGCAAUCUGCUCCAGCAAAGGAAAUAGUAAUGUGUAAUAAACAAAUAAACGAAUCCAGUCUGUAACUUCAGGAAAAGAGUAUAUGACUGUGUACAGUGUACAUGUUUUAAAGAACACAUCUUAAUUGUCAUUAGAAUACUAAAGUACAUUAUGAACUGUUGAAUGUAAACUCUUUUGGAAAGGACACAUGAAUCUAGGAAUCAUCUCAAAUCUGCAAGCCCUACACAAAAUAUUCAUUCAUUUAAAACAUAGGGAUUGUAUGGUGACAUAAGUCUACCAAUGUUAGGAAAUGUAAAUUUUAUAGCUGAUAUCCUGGUAGACUGAUGAAUGUAAUAAAAGGGACUAGAAUCAGUAUUAAUUUUGAAUAUGAAGACUAUAGCCCUACACAUAUUGACAUGGAAGUAAGAGCCAUGGAAUUCAGUGAGACUUAUUUUUGUGUAAGCAUGCCUAGGAUCAGGGCUGCACCGUCACAAUCCAAGACACAGCUAAACUUGCAGGCAGUUGAAUCCUAUGUAUGUUUACUUGGAGUUACGUGCUACUUAUGUUCAGUGGGCCUUACUCUCUGGUAAGAGGGCAUUGCUGCCUUUACCCAGUUGAAAAUGUAUCCAUGCCCUUAAGCACCCUUCGUUCAGUGUUAAAUGGUGGCUUAAAACCACAUUUUUCAGCGAUAUACCGUAAAUCCCAUCAAAUUCAAUGGGAUUAAGGCCACUUGUCUGCAGGAUUGCACCCUCACAGUUUUGUCAGGUUCCUUUUACACAGGAAAGACCACGAACCUACUUUCCACAGCUCAUAAUGCACAUCUCAAGUGUGACAAACCCAGGCAGGUUUACAGCAGUUUUUAAACAGUGAUUCAACUGCUGUAGAUUGUAUGGGCUACUAAUUAUGUAAAAACACUAUAGCGGCAAAUAUUGUAAAUAAUGCACCUGUUGGAACAGAAUGAAGGAAGCUGGAAUUAAAAUGAACUUUCUGUAGGAAAUGUGGAGUUUUUAUAAGAGGAAACUCUUACAGGUCAUCAAAGUGUAAAAAAUAAGUUAGGGGCAGCCCCCUUAGGCCUCUUAAUGUAUUUAUUGGUGCUGAACCAAAUUUCCCCUGCUGCAAUAGACCAACAUUUAGACUGGCUUCAAUUUGUAAGGCUGAGUUGUCAGUCUGAAGACGGGAGUUCACAAUGGAAGUGCCAACACAAUCAGCAGUACAGAAAAGUGCAAACAAUUCCUGUGUAAGUCAAUGGAUCAUUUCGAAGCAAAUCAGAUUUGAGACUCCUCCGGGAAAUUUUUAGUCAAAUAAAUGUGGUUUGGCAGGCAUAAUGAGAGAGUUUAUUUAAAUAGUGCUGUGAAUACUUUCAUGAAUUUAGUUCUUUUAUUGUUGCUCUUUGUCAGAUAUUUGUGACUAUGAUGGAUCUUUGAAUGUGCAUGUAAUAAGCUCAAUGUUUAUAAGUGUAUAUGUGUAUUAUUUCCCAAUAAAUCAGAU